AGCCGCCGACAGACGCUUUUAUAUUCCGGGCAAGAGCGAUUACGGUGAUGUUACAACGCACGAUUACUACCAUUUUUGUAUUGACAUCGACAGAUAUUUAUUGUUUAGAUCCUACAUUAUGUCUUUCUUAUACGCCGGAAGAGAGAACAUAUUGUAUUGCUUAUAAAGGAUAAUAAGAAUGAAUUUUUUUUGUACACAAAAUGAGAGUAUUAAUAGAAUACGGAUAUUACUUAAUUAAGUAUCACAGCUAUGUAUGAAGGACAAUUAUAUAUUUUUUGUCAUAAAUAAAGUAGAUAUAGAAAACAAAAGUAUUAAUAGAAUACUUUACUUACGGAUAUUACUUAUAUAAGUAUCACGGUUGUUAUGAAGUAUUAAUUAUCUAUUUUUGUCAUAAAUAAAAUGUUUUUUCUAUGAUUUUCUACGUAAAUAAUGGAUAUAAUUUUGAAACACGUUGACGUAAUUACUCUAACACGGGAUGAUGUGUGAUAUUAACGUAUAAUACACGUUAUUGUAUUAUUAGAUCGAGCAAUGAACGCAGCGAUAUAUAAUUCACUUAAUACUAAAAGGAUAAAAAUAAUUUAUUGGGUUUAAGAGAGAAAUAUUUUGAAGAGAUAUAAUUUUUUUCGCUUUGUUCUAAAAUUAUUUGGUUCGAAAAGAUUGAUCGAUCCCUGAGUGCAUGGAAAAUCUUAAGAAUGAAAAGGGUAAGUAAUGGAUUGUACAGCUGUAUAGGCUGUAUAGGCAUAAGAAAAACGUUUUAUGGCAUUUCUUACUUGUUCUUUGCAAUCGACCUAACAUUUUUGUAUUUUUAUGUGGAUAGAUUUUAUGCGUUAGAUCUUGCAUAAAGUGAAGCGAGUUCCCAAAAAGUCAUGUUUCCUGAACAAUGUUUAUCGUUGUACAAAAUUAUUCAGUUCAAGAAAUGACUUUAUUUUAUCUUCCUCUGGUUAUAAAAUAUAUUAUUUCUGCCUUUGUCCUUAGAUAAAAGAAGUGUUAGCCUUUUCAUUUAAAUUAUCAGAUCUAAAAAAAGAUCCAGGUAUGUAUCUCGCGAAUUUUAAAAUUCGAUAUUUUUAAAGAUAGAAUUUAAUAACAUCGUAAAUAUAUAAAUUUACCUUUUAUAAUCUUUAUUUUAUGUAAUAAUAUUUUUACAUGUAAUUUAUCUUCUCUUUAUUCAAAAUCUACAAUGUUAAGUUAUUUGAACGCAAUACUGUUCUCGUGCUGCGCUUGUUUUAGCACGGCGAAGUGGAUAUUCGUAUCCAAGAUAGCUGAAUAAACGAUGAUGAGGCAGAGAGAUAUUUCUCCCGUUCCUUCCUUAAAAUUCAUUAAUACGAUGCCAUCUUCCAUCUGUACAGAGUCCUCAAGUGGAUAAUGUUUCUCAACAUUGAUGCAUUAACGAGGCGAAAUUAGCGCGGUGAGCAAAUUAUACGUCGUUAUUAUCACGUUACGCCCGAUGGUGACGGUCUCUCCGUGUCGACGUAACGCGUAAUGAAGACGGAUGUAUUUACGUCCCGGGAUGUAAAUAUACCUGCCGUGUACGAAUGAAUAUGCGGCGUCUGAUAGGGGGGACUAUAACGGGCGUUGGACGAACGAAAUCGAUUCCCUGUUGACGUUGAUUCGCCCGCAGGUAUCAAAAUAGUUAUCGGUUAUGAUAUCAAACGCACACGUGAAUUUCGACGCGGAAUUGAAAGCCGUUGGCUUUUUCACGUGCAUUGAAAUACGGCCCCGUAAUCCUGUCCGAUUUCUCAUUCAACAUUCUCUUCUAGAUUACGUUGGAACGAGUUCGCGAGAUAAUAUCGUGUUUUAUUAUUAAUUAAUAAACGUGGGGAGUAAACGUCAAAUAAAUAAAUACUUUAUUGCUCAUAUGCAGUAGGCAAAAUCAAAUAUUUCGCAUUAAAUAAGAGAAUAUUAUGAGACGAGGAAUUAUUGUUGCCCACAUAAAAAAUAACAUUCAUCAAACCUCCAUAACUCCACAGGACGUCUAUCUUCACUAUGGAAGUCAGAUAGAUCUCCAAUAGAGAUCUAUAUCAUAUUCAUGAUGGAUGUCCUCUAUAAAUCUAUCAUGGAUGCUUAUUAGACAUCUAUUAUGAAUAUAUAAUAGAUAGGAUUGAGCGAACAGUAUGUGCGCCAUUGCCGACAGAUGGAUGGCGAUGUUCUAUUAUUCGUAAUUAAAAAAUAACAGAAUAAAGGGUGUAGCAUGAUGAAAUGCAGUUGUAGUUUUAUGUCUUAAUAAAACAACGAUAAAAUGAUUCCUCUUGAAGAUGCACGGUGAAAAGGCAAAAACUAAACUUCAAGAUGAAAGUACGUAAAAUGUCAUUCCGACAUUUACAGACAAAACAUAUCUAUAAAGAUAUUAUUAAACUUUCGCGUUAAUGACUAUGACUCAUCCAUCGAAGUUCUACGAAACACCUGUACUUGAUCUACAUAAUGUCUAUUAGUCAUUCAUCGAAACUCUAUGAAACGUCUAUAAUUAAUCUAUCCAUAACGUAUAUGUCUAAUAGACACCUAGGAUUGUCAUCUAAUGGAGGUUCGAUGGACGUACAUUGCGAAACUAUGAACUUUUAGCGGACGUCCAUUGGAAAUCACUUUAAUGGAGGUUCCGAAUCUCCGUAUUAGACGUCAAAUGAUUUUUGUGUGUGUGAUUAUGAAGUUUUACGUGCGUAUAAUUUUAAUUAUAUUGUAAAUACGAGGGAAUUACAUAGAAGGAGAAAUUAUUAUAUCUUUGUAUAUAAUGGAGAAAGUUGAAAUAUUUUUUGCUUUCGUCUAGAGAUGUCGCGGAAAGACAGCGGAAAGAGCGCGUCUCGGCAACAUCUCUCGACGGGACGCGAGCUCAUUCAGGAUCUCGUCAUACUUUACACACACAAACACACACACACACACACAUCGUGGUGUUGCGGCCACGACGCAAGCGUAGCACAGUAGCCCGCGUGUGCGAGUCCUACUACACUAGAUUCCGCGUUUGUAGGACAGGGUCGUGGGGGCGGGGAGGGAUAGUUAGGGGGGUGAGAACGGCCUUUAUUGAGCGGCUUCUGCGCGAACUCGCCCCGACGCUGCUGACGCCGACGUUCCCGACGUUUUCACCCUCAGGGACGGAUUACCACCCUCCCCCCCGAGUAUCACGCCACCGGUAACAUCGCUGUGAACGCAGUGUGGCUGCUGUCUUUCUGGUUUGGGAAAGGCAACAUGAGGGGUGGUUAGACAAGGAAAUCGCUGAUCUUAGAACAAGGGAUCUCAAAUUUGAGAUUCUCGAACGGAGAUCCUUCCUCACUUCUCAAUGGUAGAUUUCCGACUCGCAAAAUAUCACAACGUUAUUAUUUUUAUCUGGGAUCUGUUUAAAAGCAGAUAACGAUAUUUUUUUAUAAAUCCCAUAAAAUCCCCGUACGCGUGUCUCCCCGCGGCUUCAGAAUCACACGGUGACGGGGGAUGGAGAGGAGAGACGUGGAGGGGGGAGUUUCUUCGUCUCGAGUCAGGAUCCCGAGCCGUCUCAAUUCGGUCCUGCCGAUCCCCACUGCGGUUCUACCCCUUCCCAUUCCGUCGCGACAAAUCUGUUAUACGAGAUUUCCACCUUCAUCCUCACCCACCUCAUGGCAAUGAAUUUGAACGGGACACAGAUUCCCGCGGACGGGGUGAGAACGACGACGAGUCGGACGCAUUCGUCGCGGCGUCUGCGUCGGCUCCUACGUAAAACGAGAAAGAGAAAGGGAGAGGAAGAGAGCCAUGAGAUAAUGACUCCCCCUGUCUCUUAUCGCGGCCGCGGGUCCGGACGCCCGUAUCUCCUCAGCCCCGUAUCCGACGCGGCGGGCGAGAUUAUCUCCUCCGCGUGAGGACGUCCGGAUGUUGUCCCUUCCGACAUCGGGCUAAGCCUGGCUGUGCGACCAGGCCAGUCGUGGUUCAACGCCGCGACAAUCGAUCGCAAUAGUGCUCAAGGUGCCGCGUCCUCCGAGAGUGUGCGUCCACCACCACCACCACCACCACCCGUCCGACGAAUCGUCCCGUUUCACCGUCAGGAAUCAUCCGUCUGAUCCCGGUGUCUUGGUCCCAGGAGGAGAGGAAGGAGGAGGAAGUAGAAGCCGCAGGUGUCAGGGUGUCACGGCAUACAGGUAACUUCCUGAAGACGGUUCUAUUUCUCGUCGUCGUCGUCGGAAAGUCAUGCCCGAAGGUACGCUCGUCGGAAGGUACGCCCGAGGCCGGGCGCGAGAGACGGAAUCCGCAUGCAAAUGAAAUCCUCCUUUCCGUCGGGGGGAGGAUACGGACGAGCAUACGGGAGCGUCUACUCGGUAAAGAGGCCGCGAAAAAGCGAGCGGUGAAUAUAAAUGCGUGCUCGCGCUUUGAGAAUCGGAGAGAGGAACGUGCGCCCCCGUUCGCCCCCCUUCCCCCAUCCCUCCGUCACCCCCGAAACGCAGAGACGGGCAGAUGCGGCGGCUUAUCAGGAGGCGGAGGCGCACGAUCGCGAAUAUGAUAAGCGAGUGAGGGACUCCUCUCCGAGCGGCCGUCGUGCAUGAUAAUGCACGAUAAUAUCGCGCGCUGUGCGAAUAAAUCAUCGAUGAUUAUCGCGCAGCGGGGUUAGGGCGAUAAAUUGCCGAACAGAACGAAAGAAGGAAGGAAAGAAAGAAAGAAAGGGGAAAAAAAGGGAAGAGAGCGAUAAUACCGCGAAUGCCGAAAGAGAGGAUCGAUCGCGCCGCGUGCCGCGAGGAGGCGAUCCCGAGGAUGCUGCUGCCGCCGCUCGACAAGCAACACCGUUGCCGCCGCCGUCGCCCCGCCGCCGCCGACGAGGAGGAGGCUGCUCGGUUGAUCGACGUCGGAUCAACUCGAACGACUGAGGAUGCCCGCUGAACGGAGACGAUUCGCCGCCGACUCGCGCUUCUGAACAGCAACACCGAGAGAAUAAAGCGCUCGCAGGCACCAUGGGGAACGGCAUGAAUAAGGUGCUUCCUGGUCUUUACGUAGGUAAUUAUCAGGAUAGCAAGGACGCCGAUCAGCUAGAGCGUUUCGAAAUUACGCAUAUCCUGGCUAUUCACGAUACGGCUCGCCGUUUGCAUUCCGAUAAGCAUUAUCUAUGCAUCUUGGCCGCUGACAGUCCCGAUCAGAACUUGUCGCAGUAUUUUUCUGUGUGCAACGACUUCAUUCAUUCCGCCCGUCUCCGCGGUGGGAAUGUUUUGAUUCACUGUCUGGCUGGAAUGUCGAGGAGCGUGACGGUGGCGGUGGCCUACAUCAUGAGCACUACAAAUCUGUCCUGGAAAGAGGCGCUUAAAGUUGUUAGGGUCGGUCGUUCCAUUGCAAAUCCGAAUGUCGGUUUCCAGCAGCAGCUCAAGGACUUCGAGUCUAGCCGUUUACAAGAGGAACGUAACAGGCUGAAAGAGCGAUUCCCCAGCCUCGCUCUCGCCGAGUCCGACGCCGAGAUCUGCAGAUCCACUCUGAGAAAUUACGAAACACUGGCCCUAGCGAGAGAAGUGUGCGAGGGUAAGUGCGCCUUGGGACGCACUUGUCCGACUGGGCUUUGCCGUCAAGCUACUUCCAAGAGGACUCUGAGAAGGAAGUCAUCCACCAGUAGUAUCGGAAGCAUGUCAUCCGGCAGGACGCCUCCGCAAACACCCAGGAUGCUGCCGUCCGCGCCACCCUCGCCAGCUAUGCACAGAUCGUCCAGCGUUGUGUCCACCGGCUUUGUGACAAGACCGGCGGGAUUGCACUCUUAUACCGGAGGAUCCGCUCCGCCUUCUAGGGCUGUCUCGAGGGUGGACCUAUCGGCGGCGGUCGCCUGCAGCAGCAGCAGCAGCAGCAGCAACACCAGCCUCUCCGCCGUGGGCAGAUCGAGCGCGUUUUCCAGCAGCAAUUGGCGACUGACCGCCGGUUCCGCGCCGAACACCCCGCGGCCGACGCCGCCGGUCUCUCCGCAACGCUGGCCGAGACGGCUGUCGAACCGGCAGACGCCGCAGCUGCCGGUACCACCGUCGGCGGAGUCCCACCCCUCGACGACGAUGACGUAACAUCGGGAGUCGCGCGGUUCAUUGUCGAGCCUGCUGGAAUAACGGACCGAAGAAGGGGGAUCGGCGGACCGCUCGAGGAUCUCAUCACUUACGAUAAUAUUCUUCAUCGUCGGCGGACUAAAUCGCGAGUUUGCUAUCGUUUUUCCGGCGUCGGAUGCGCGAUCGUGCGGAUGAGUCUCCCGGGAGGGAGCAGCUUCCGCUAAAAAAAGAGGAGGGAAAUGUUUCGAUAAAGGUAUUCCAUGAAUUAUACAAAGACGUGCCUGCGAAUGUUUUUUACAUGUUUUGGAACAUUCGAUGUUUCCAGCGGAGGGUAUAACGACGAGAAACUAUUACAGGGGCGCGGGGUGGGGGGUGGGGAAGGGAUAAAUAACUGAUGAUCCACGUGAUCGUGUAAAAUGUUGGAUCGGAUUUGAACUCGUCGGGGAGGGGAAAAAAAAAAACACCCCGUGUUUUAAUCGGAUGCGCGCGCGUAACGCAUUGCCGGGGAUUUAGCGAUGUUGACUUAUACAAGUUGUUACAAGUUGUUGCUUAUACUGACGAGAAAGUGCUUUUACCGCGGAUGGAUGGGACGAGAAACGAUGAAGAUAUACUCUCUCUCUCUUCGUACGUAUCGGAUGACAACACACUUCAUGUGAGUUAAUUUCUCGAUUAGACCCGCAUCCCGCGAACAUAAUAGCUGGAUUCUCUCAUGGAGAGAAAUAGAAGUAGUGAUGCGGAUACUGACAAUCUGUCAUUUAAAUAUAUACGUACAACGCGAGGUUGAGAAUUCAGGGUGGUACACGAUGGUCGCGCAAAAAAAAAAAAAAAACCGAAUCGAUCUGUGAGGCGAAGCGGCAAAUUGGAAAGAUUGACACACCCGGGAAUUAAUCCUUCGGGGGGGCUUUAUCGGUUACAAUGAUAAUUGCGCGCAAUUAAGUGCGGAAUCGGUUAUUUCGCGCUUUUUUACGGUCGCGGACACUCGGUCGCGCUAAUAACGCGCUCGUUAACGACCCCCGUGUGCAGCAAUCCUUCCCUCGGAGAUAAUGUGCGAAAUCGUUACCGACUAAUUAUUGGUUAUGAAAAAGAACAUUGCUCAAAGCGGCAAUUACGCAAUAUACAUACAUUUCAAAGGAUUAAUGAAAAAAA